AUGGAAAGACUGAACUCCAAGCUGUACCUGCAGAACUGCUACAUAAUGAAAGAAAAUGAGAGGCUGAGGAAGAAAGCACAGCUUCUAAACCAGGAGAAUCAAGCACUGCUGUCUGAGCUGAAACAAAAACUCUCCAAGCCUAACUCAAAAGGCAAUGCUCCAAACGAUACUAUACCUGACCUCAACCUGAGCUCAAGUUCUAACCCAAAUCCUGCCAAUUCCGGCACUAACUGA